GCCAUCACAUGAUGAGCCCCAGGUCCUUAAUUUAAUCAGAGAGGAGGAGAGCAGCAGGGAAGCAUUUUUCCCAGUUCUAGUCUGAAGAGGUUCGGAGAAACAGCAAGUGAACCUGUACAAGUUCUGUGAUCCGGGUGUCCAGCUGUAUCUGUGCAAUCAUGAAGUGGGCUUGCCUCUGCCUCCUCCUCGGGUACCUGCUCAUGGCUGAAGGAGUUCUAUCUGCUGUGGCCACCAAACAAUUUCGAGAUGUGAUGAGACGAGGAAGAGUUUCUUCUCACAACAAGUUCCAUGGCAGGCUAAAUAGCUGGUCUUCUGACCACAAUAACUGGAAUGACAAACUUUACCCUUACUGGGAAGAAGGAGACCCCAGAUGGAAAGACUGCUGGAAAGGGGGAAGAGUAAUGGCCAAUUUGACCAGUGACAGCCCAACUCUGAUAGGAGCCAAUGUGACCUUUCGUGUGAGCCUGAUGUUUCCCAGAUGUCAGAGAGAAGACAAUGACUGCAAUAUAGUAUAUGAUAGGAACUGCAUAAAUGGUUCUUCAGAUUAUUCAAACCUUCCUGACCAGUAUGUUUACAACUGGACUGCAUGGAUUGAUGAUUGUGGCUGGCCAAAUUGCACACAUAACAACAGCCACAAUGUGUUCCCAGAUGGGAGACCUUUUCCCCGUGGUCAUGACUGGAGGAGAAGAAACUUUAUCUAUGUGUUUCACACUCUCGGCCAGUAUUAUCAAAGGACAGGAGGUUCUUCAGCAAGUGUGUCCAUUAACACAAUAAAUAUCACGCUUGGCAAACAAAUUAUGGAAGUGUCAGUCUACAGAAGGGGUUAUCGAUCAUAUGUACCAGUAACUUCAGCAAGUGUGGUUUAUGUUGUAACAGAUAAAAUCCCCUUCUAUGUGAACAUAUCCCAGAAAAAUGAUCGCAAUGCCUCAGACCAUAUCUUCAUCAAAGAUAUCCCUAUCACGUUUGAUGUCCAGCUUCACGAUCCCUCCAACUACCUGAACCACUCUUUUAUUUCCUACCACUGGAACUAUGGAGAUGGCAGUGGUUCAUUCGUUUCCAACAGUUCCACUUCAAUGCACACGUAUGCUCUCCUGGGAAAUUUCAGUUUUGAUCUGUCUGUUGAAGCUUUUAUACCUGUACCUUGUGGGCCAGUGACGUCACCACCACCACGACCAGCAGUAACCACACAACUGCCUUCUAAUAUGACAACUCCCACUACUAACAGUUUCACAGGGCUGCCAACAGGACAGGCUCCUGCUGAUGGAUGCCAUAUUACUCGGUAUGGACCUUACUCGUCAUCACUCUUCAUUGCAGAGGGAAUCCUGGGGGUGAGUAUUAUCCAAAUGACAAGUGUCCAGGUGGCAGCUACUGAGACGGAGAACUCCGUAGUUGAUUUUACAGUCACAUGUCAAGGAAGUCUCCCUACAGAUGCCUGCACAAUGAUUGCUGACCCCACGUGCCAGCUCUUACAGAGUGAGGCAUGCGACCCUGUCGACAUCACUGAUGAUGAGUGCCUGCUGACGAUAAGAAGAGCCUUCAACGAAUCUGGAACUUAUUGUGUCAACAUCACACUGGGCGAUGCGACCAGCCUGGCUCUCACAAGCACUCUGAUCUCCAUCAAUGGAGAUCCAGGGCCAUUUUCAAGAACAGCAGAAGGUGUUCUGAUUGCCUGUGGUUUCGUGGUGGUCUUUGCUGUUGCCUUGACUUUCUUCCUUUACAAGAGAUAUAAAGAAUACAAGCCUAUUGAAAGGAAAACAGGACAAGAGGCAACUAGCGAAGGACUGAGUGUUUACUUCAAUAAUGUCAAGGCUGUUCUCUUCCCAGCAAACAAUGAGAAAGAUCCUCUGUUGAAAAGCAAGCCAGGAAUCGUCUAACUGUUCAGUAUAACCUCUUACAUUUACAUAAAUUUGGGGCUUUACAACAAUGGAAGAAUAGUUUUAAGUGUUAAAAUGAGGUGUUAGAUGGUCAGCUUGCAGUACACACAAGGAAACGGCUGCUGUUCAGUUCAUUUGGAAGUAUAAAAUGGCAUCUUGUGGAGAAAUUGGAACAUUUUAUUCGCUUAUGUUCAUGGAUAUGCUAUAGUAUAUUAGCUAACAAUAAAUCAUUUAAACUGGGUAUUA